UACUUCAGUCAAGUUGCACCUCCUUGCAUGUGUCACAACUUUUGAGUUUGGUUACUUGCGUCUUGGGCAAUGAUUUUGAAUCGCGUGAGAUAUUAUUCAACUAACUGUUUCCCAACCCCAAAACCUCAUCUUCAACCACCCAAAACCCUCUCGGAGAACCCACCUUCCAUAGUUGAUAGGAUCAAGCAAUGUCGUACUCAAACAGAGCUAGAACAGAUAUGUGCUUCAAUGAUGAAGACCAAUACAAUCCAAGACUCCUUCUUUACCAACCAACUCAUCACCGCCUGUUCCUCUCUUUCCCGCCUAGACCACGCAGCUUUAGCCUUUUCCCACAUCCAAAACCCAAACGUCUUCGUCUACAACGCAAUGAUCAAAGCCUUUGUUCACUGCGGACACCCAUUUCAGGGUUUAGGCUGUUUCGUCAAUAUGUUGAGGAACGGGGUCUUCCCUACCAGCUAUACUUUUCCGUCUUUGAUCAAGGCUUGUGCCUCGGUUUCUGUGAUGGGUUUUGGAGAAGCUGUACAUGGCUGUGUUUGGAAAAGUGGGUUUGGUUCACAUGUGUUUGUGCAGACUGCUUUGAUUGAUUUGUAUUCGAAGCUGGGACGAAUUGGUGAAGCGCAGAAGGUGUUCGAUGAAAUGCCUGAGAGGGAUGGUUUUGCUUGGACUACAAUGGUUUCUUCUCAUGCUCGUGUAGGGGAUAUGAGGUCGGCGAGGGCAUUGUUUGAUGUGAUGAUGGAAAGGUAUAUAGCUAAUUCGGCUACUUGGAAUACUAUGAUCGACGGCUAUGCGAGACUUGGUGAUGUGGAGUCUGCAGAGUUGUUGUUUAAUCAAAUGCCAACCAGGGAUUUGAUCUCGUGGACAGCUAUGAUCAAUUGUUAUUCUCAGAAUAAGAAAUUCGGGGAAGCAUUAACAGUGUUUAAUGAUAUGAGGUUGAAUGGGGUCAGUCCUGAUGCGGUGACCAUGUCGACUGUUAUUUCGGCUUGUGCUCAUCUCGGAGCUCUAGACUUGGGGAAAGGGAUUCACUUUUACGCAACGCAGAAUGGGUUUGAUCUUGAUGUUUAUAUUGGGUCUGCGUUGAUUGAUAUGUAUGCAAAAUGUGGCACAUUGGACAGGGCUCUUGUUGUUUUCUUUAACUUGAGGGAUAAGAACUUGUUCUGUUGGAAUUCAGUGAUUGAAGGGCUUGCAGCUCAUGGAUAUGCCAAAAAAGCACUAGCAAUGUUUAGCAAGAUGGAGAGAGAGAAGAUAAAGCCAAAUGGGAUUACUUUUAUAAGUGUUUUAAGUGCCUGCACUCAUGCCGGGCUUGUUGAAGAAGGCCGUAGGAGAUUCUUAAGCAUGACCCAAGAUUAUUCCAUCUCUCCUGGAGUUGAACACUAUGGAUGCAUGGUGGAUCUAUUAAGCAGAGCUGGCUUGCUCGAAGAUGCGUUAGAGUUGAUAAGAAGCAUGAAACUAAAACCAAACUCUGUUAUCUGGGGUGCCUUGUUGGGUGGAUGUAAACUUCAUAGAAAUCUGGAGAUUGCUAAAGUUUCAGCCAAUGAAUUGAUGGUAUUGGAGCCAGAAAAUAGUGGGCAUUACAACCUUAUAGUUAACAUGUAUGCCGAAGUCAAUCGAUGGGGAGAAGUUGCAGACGUACGAGCAAUUAUGAAGCAACUGGGAGUAGAAAAAACAUCUCCUGGGUCCAGUUGGAUUGAAAUUGAAAGAAAAAUCCAUACGUUUUCAGCAUCUGACAAAUCUCAUGCAGCUUCUGGUGAAAUUUACUUGUUUCUUGCAGAAUUAUAUGAGCAGCUGAAGCUUGAUGUUUAUCUUCCUGAACUUGGCUCUGACUUGUAGAAGUCCAGUAUUUAAGUGUGAAAUCGUCAUCCAGAUAGUAAUGACUGAUGGGAUGGAAAGUGAAGAAAGUAGUAUGCACGCGUGAAAGUCACUUAUUUGCAGUACUAAGAAACUAGGAGAAAGCUUCAGGUUGAAUGCUGAUCCUCAGAGCCAUACUAGAGACAGAAGUCUUGGCUGCACCCCAUGGGAGAGAACAUGGUUGAAUACAGUACAGUUGUAAUACUUUAUGACACAAGUUUCAGAUGAAAUAUGGUUUGAGAAACAUAAGCAAGAAAUCCCAUGGGUGGGCUCAUCAUGAAUUAGGUUGGGGUGGCUGGUGGUGUUGACAUCCGGCAGAAAAUGCUUGUUUUAUGCCUUGGGGUAGUGGCCACAGCUCGUAUUCAUUUAGUAAUUCUACACCUUCUUCAUUCUUGGACCUCACCUUACUAGACUACAUGCUAAUCCAUGCUUCGGGGAUUGGAUUGCAUGGCUCCAAUAUAGGACAUCUGGUUUUGACAAUUCAAAACCACCAGAUUUUCCACAGGGCAGUCACUAGCAUGGCCUCAGUGCAGUCUGAAGUUAGGCAGUGCAGAGCUACCGUGUUGAACAUUAACUCUGUAAUACCCGGUAUAUUCUCUGUAGAGGGUGUCCCUGUAUAUUGGCGGAUUGAACUCAGAUGGAAGCUCCUUUAUAGGUCCAUAUGGCUUGACAUGUUUGUCACUAUCCACGGGAACGAAGAAAGACGCAACUGAUAUAUGUGGCUUCACAAGUGAGGAUGUAUUGAAGACAAAACAUGUAAGAACAGAGCACAGUUACCUGCAUAAGUCACCAAGAUUUGCUACAAAAGCUCCAUUCACUGGUGGCACAUCAACCCAUUGAUCUUUAUGGAAGACUUGGAGGCCCCCAAUCUCGUCCUGCAGAACUAAGUGCCCCAAAGUCCCAAUUAUCAUCAACGGCUCUGCAGAAUAGUGUCUCUCCAAUCUGCUCCUGAUUUUGCACACAAUUUCGGAUCUCCACUGCCAUUAAAGUUGACCUGCUUCUUAAGUUCUUAAAGUCACAAAAGUAGAGCUCCAUCUUGUCUUCUGGGGCCUGCUCAUGGAAUCAACGAAUACUAUCAAGCAUCUCCUCCAUAGCAGCAAGUGGAACUCCAUGGUUAACUAUUUGAAAGAAUCCCCAUGUUUCACAUGCAUCUUUAAGUGCAUUGACCAUUUCCUCUAGACUGUGAUCAUUCCCCAUGCCUUUGAGAUCAAUGACUGGGAUCUGAAGUUUGACACCAUUUUCUGGUGUUGUGUACUUUACAGUCUCUGGUGGGUGGAUGAAGAUUCUGGGAAUCUUGGUGACCCCGGAGUCUGCAAGACCUUUGACACCUAUUUUGAGGUCAUCAAACGCACACAAUUCUUUUUCUUUUUCUGCAAUGCAGUCUGCAUCUGCCAUCUUAUUUGUUGGUUAGUUGAAAGUUUUUGGCUUGAUCUGCUUGAGAUGGUGCGUAUGGCUGUUGAAGGUGAACAAGGUUUCACAAGCUGAAGCUUGAUCUGCAUCUUCCUGAACUUUGCUUUAUUUAUAGCCGUCCACUUAGAGAUUGUGAAGUUCUGUCAAGACCAAAGUUAUUCGGCAAAGUAACACCGAGAGAGUAGGAAAAAGCUUCAGGCUGAAUGAUGAUGCCACAGAGACGCUAGAGCUAGAAGAUAAGCAUAUGCUUUGGCUAAACCCCAUUGGAAAACAUGGUUGAAUGACAUUUAGUGAAAGGACCAAGGUGGUUGUGAUGCUUUAUUAAAAUAUAUUCAAGAGGAAUGUUGGGUGUGAGAGACAAUAAGCAAGUUAAAAUCCCAUCGAAGGGUGCACGACUACAAGCUAGUCGAUAUAUCUGGAAAAGGAUAGUAUAGCUCUCAUUAGGAGCAAAGAAAGAUGCAACUGAUAUUCGUGGCUUGACAAGCGGGGUAGCUAGCACUCUAUGUUCCACACUAUUGAACUUGUUAUUAGUAAUGAGCUGUUUACAAGCAGAAGGAAAGAAAUUUCAUUCUCCGAUGGAAAAAAAAAAAAAAAAAAAAACUGUAGAUAUAAAGAUGUGAGACGGAUGUGUUGAAGCAAAUAUUUAAGAACAGAGAAGUACCUGCAUAAGGUCACCAAGAUUUGCUACAAAUGCUCCAUCCACUGGCGACACGUCAACCCAUUGAUCCUUAUUGAGAACUUGGAGCCCUCCAAUCUCGUCUUGCAGGACUAAGAAUGAUUCAAGGCUCUAGUAUAGCAUAGGCUCUGGAGCUAUAGAAAUACCUGCACACUUGAGGCAGUGCUUCAAAGUCCCAUUUAUCAUCUACGGCUCUACAAGAUAAGGUGUCUCUCCAAUCUGCU